GCGCGUUUGCAAAGUGUGUUCGCUCCCCGGGAUUCAGUUCACUGGUUAACGUCUUGGGAAACGGUCCGUUUUAAUUUAACUGUCUAGCGCGCGCUUCGGCCAGGAUGAAAUAUGUUGUCCUGCUUCAAAUUCAAGCUGCAAUUGCUUGAAGCAAGUUUAUAGAUUUGUUGCCGGUACCUGUGUCAAGAACGUUUUUUCUACUGGAGCGAAUUAAAUUUUCCUACAAUUUGUGGUUUGGAGCCGCGCUCGAGUUUGCGCAAAUAAUCAGGAAAUAAGCCGUCCUUCUAAACUAACCCGGUCCGAGAAAGAACGAGAGUAAAGCAGAAAGAGAAAUGGCAAGACGUGACUUGCUUCGCAAUGUGCUCCAAUAUUCGCUGGUGCUUAUGGUGACUAGCAUCGUAAGUCACGUUUGUCCCCGGCAGGAUUAUUUCUACAACUCGCAGGACCCGAUGGACGAUGAUCUGUCGCUGUGGAUUAACGAGCAGCAGGUCAAGAUACUCAGCGGGGUGCCAAUGAAGAUCUAUGCUAUCGAUAACGGCCGGGUGUCACCGCAUAUACGCGAUCCGAUGUUCAGCCAGUAUCUGCCGAUCAUUCCGUCCGAGGUCAGCUGCGUCAACUUCACCUGGAAGGCCGGAACAAAAAAGUACCACUACAACUUUGACCGACUGGUGUCCGAGGACGAAACGGUCCUCAAGCCACCAACCAUCUCGAUCAACACCAACGGUCGAGUUCCUAAGAAUCCUAAGGAGUUCAGUGUGACACUGCCUUGUUCCGGUAACGUUUCCGGCAUCGCAAUGUUCAGCAUUGGACUCCUUAUACAAAGCCGUAAGGGCAAACCGGUGCCCGGCACACCACUCCGUAUCAAACUCCGUAAGGAAUGUGCACAUAGAGGUGUGUAUGAUAGAACUUCUUCUCUAGCAUCUUCGCAAGGACCGGAUCCGGAAUGCGACAUGAAGUGCGCCAACCGAGGCGUGUGCAACGAGGACAAGAUCUGCGUCUGCCCGGAGGGUUACAUGGGGCAGUACUGCCAAACGGCACUCUGCUACCCGCAGUGCAUGAACGGGGGCAACUGCACGGCACCGGGCAACUGUAGCUGUCCUCCCGGUUACCAGGGCCGUCACUGUGAGGGAGGUAUUUGUGCGGAGAAAUGUUUAAAUGGAGGAAAAUGCAUACAGAAGGACAAGUGUGAAUGUACCAAGGGUUAUUACGGAUUGCGGUGCGAGUUUUCAAAAUGCGUAAUACCGUGUCUGCAUGAUGGCAAAUGUAAAGGAGUCAACAAGUGCCGCUGCAAACCGGGUUUGAGUGGCGAUCAUUGCCAGAUCGGGCGUCGCCAACGGUCCACCUGCAAAAGACCCUGCAAACAUGGCAGCUGUAUGCCAGACCAUACGUGCCACUGUCAUGAGGGAUGGUUCGGAAAACUAUGCGGCCGACGUGAAAAGAAGAAACGCAACGGUUCCAAGCAUCCCAAAACCUAAAUGGCGAAACUAAAGCUACGCCGUCAUACGUUUCCGUGGAAUAUAAAACAAAACAAGAGAACCUAACAAACUGUAACCCUGCCAGUAGUCGCCACGCCAUCCUCCCAACAGCUUUGAGUUUCUCCAGAAAUUGUUUAUAUUAGAAAUUUCUUUCCCGUUGCCUUGCUCGCUUCCAGUUGCAGCACACGAGAGGGCAAUUGAAACUGCACAUGUGUAUUUUGUUGUGAUAAAUAAAAAGGAAAUUUAUA